AUGCUGGGUUUGUCACAUUUGGGAACAUAUGAGGCCGAUGACAAUCCAAAGCCGAAUGGGCGCAUUCGAGCACUGGAAUGGCCUCGCUCCUUGUCUAUUACUAGCGAGUCAACUGGGUAUGACGAGGACUCUAUGCAGGAGCACCACUCCGUCAGCCAUGUUAGUAUCCAGCCAGCCGGCUUGAGCCAUCUGAUUCAAUCCCCGGUCUUCCUCAGAUCCCUGCCUGCGAUGUUCCCGUACCAUCCGUCGGUCAACGCAAAGGCCAACCAGCUUCUGCCAGCUCCGGCGAACGAGUUCAACCGCAUUACGGUAGCCAUCCACGCUCCUACUUUCCCUCGUCCCCUACAGGCACCAACCACGACCCCCUCUCAGAGACUUCUCCAUUCUUCAGGACAAAUGAAUUUGGGUGUCUACAUCAGCCGUGUCCGAGCCAGGUUGACUGGUUGUCUUCCCAAUCAACAAGCCUUGGCAAUCGAUAGCACCCCAGGAGCUUUGAUCGAGUUCAUUGACCGUGUUCGUCUUCGUAUGCUGCCACACCAGGGUAGCCGACUCGAUCGUAUUCUUCACUGGGCGGAUAAUCUGGAAGAAGCUCUUGCCAAGUUCCUCAGCUCUAUCGAGAUGUCGCAUAAAUUUUCCAACUUGAAAGAUUUUGUUUUGCUCGUCCGAGCUUGCAUCAAAUAUCUUGUUCAGUUGGCCGCCAAAGACACUUCGCCAGUACUGGAGAGAGUGUUUGAGGCCUUCAAUGAAGUAACCUGGGUUAUCACCGCCAUGGGGAAACCGCGAAGUGUUCAGUCUCCUGUAAUUGAUGAGCAGCUCACCAGAAUCCUCAUCAUUUUGUUGGAUAUGAACGUCACAAUUUUCCAAUAUAUCCACACGACAGGAGGAAAGGUUUCCACAUCAUCGGCUUUUGGUCAGGAUGCUUUGGAACUAAGUCCAUUCAUAAAGUCUUUGAUUAACGUCCACGAUGAGUUCUGCUAUGAACUCUGGCAGGCUGUUCUAUGCAACCUACCCUCCGCACGAGGUAUAAGCGUGGAUUUCAUUCGUCGCUGGCUCUCUAGUCAAGAGAAGAGCUCUCUGGUUUGGAAAACUUAUAGGUCAUCUGGCCAAGCAUUCGGGGCAAACUUGCCACUUCAAUGGAUGACGGAACUCACUCGCAAGUUUUGGGCAGGUUCAGACACCUUACUAUUACUGACUGGAGAGGCGGGCUCUGGCAAGACGGCACUUUGUCACUUCUUACUUGACCAAUCGCGGUCUCGCUUUCCCAAGGGAACGCGUGUCUUAUAUUUCAGCUUCGAAACAUCCAUACCCGGUCAGAGAACCCAACUGGUAUUUCUUAAAAGUCUCAUGCUUCAGCUUUUAGAACAAAGCAAUGGCAAUUCUGGGCUAUUGGUCGCCCUCUGCGACGCAUAUAACAUGAUCGAACGCGAGCAUAUCUCUGGCCCAGAGAAGCAUCUGUGGUCACUUUUGGCCGAAUGGUCUGUUAAAACAACACAAUUAGCAUCAGACUCUGGAGUUUUGAUUGUGGUGGACAACUUGGACAAGGUCGAUGGUGGUCUGGUCAUGGCCGGCAAGAUUCGCCAGAAGCUUCAUGAUCUUGUUUCUCAACGCCGGGGGUUCCGUGCGAUCAUCCUGUCGCGUCCUCUCUGUGGUGGCGAGGAUGAUAAUGAGCCAUUACCUGGAACACGCCAUCAUCCGAUCGAUCCUUUGGGUUGGCGGGAUGAUAUGCGCCGCUAUAUCGAGCUAUCCCUUCGCCACUCAGCUCGCCUGGACUUCCUCACUUCAACUGAAAUGGAUCAAGUCGUCCGGCGAGCAAUAGAGGUCAAAACUACAUCUUUUCAGAUGGCUAACCUCCUGAUUGCAUUCAUCGAGAUGGAAAGAACUUACCAACGCAUCAUUCUUGCUCUCCGCACAGUACCGGACACCCGUUUGGGAUUCGUUGACCAUUUAAUGAUGCACAUUGACUGGACCCACCCGCUUGUCAAAAGUCUCAUUUCCUGGCUCCUCGUUGCUCAGCGUAAUUUGUCCAUGUCUGAAUUGGAGCAGCUUAUGGAUCAAACUGCUGCAUCUGCUUUCUCCGGGACGAAUGCCGCUCGUACAUUGCGAGAGUCCUGCGCCUGUCUGGUGGAGAUACGCGAUGACACCAUCGCAUUCAUCGAUCCUAUGAUGAAAGAGCAUAUCUUGAACCUAGGAAAUCAAUCCCGUAUUCCAAUCACUAAAUCUAAGGCCAACCAGUUUGUUUUGCGUCGCUGCUUGGAAUACAUGAAUUCCCGAUUGCCGGAGCUUGGAAACUCCAUGCCAAGUCUCGAUGGACCUGAUUCGGAGUCUAGCGAUGCGCCAGCCAACCCAGCCUGCAUUGAUCCAGUUCUUGACUACUGCAUUAGCUUCUACAUUCAACACUAUAUUUCUAGCAGCUUACAGUCAAUGACUGGAGAUUGGAAAUCCUUGUAUCUGGAUUCAACUCAGCUGGCCCAAUGGGAGUAUUCCUACUGGAAGGACCAAUGUGACAAUGAGACGCAAGAGAGUUGGCACAAGCGAGCGCUGGGAUUCCGCAAAGCCGUCUUAGGUGAAAAUUCUCGGGCUGUCAUCCAGACGCUUAUCAACCUCGCAAAGCUGAGCCUCUCGGAUGUCAAUCCCGCCAAAGCAUUGCCGUAUUUGUGUGAGGCAUGGAAGAUUGCUAUCUCGGUCAUGGGCACACAAGCAACAAUCUGCAAAGACGUGGCACACAAGGUUGCUGAGAUUGUAGCAUGCCAGUGUGAUUCCGAAUACUAUGCAUCUUUGCUCGACAAAUGCCCAGGUGUGGAAGAAUUGUACAAAUAUAUCUGGAAAAUUGACCAAGAAGACCACGGUCGCAUGAACGACGGGGCUCUGGUUCACAUUCAGCUUCUCAUCAGCAUGUACCGGCACCAUGGUAAAUUCUACGAUGCUUUCUGUCUGUUGCAAGAUCUUUAUCACGAGGCCGUCGCAUUAUUCGGCAAAUUUGAUGCGCGCACCAAUGGGUACGCAGAACAGCUGAUUGAUAUUCUCACAAUCAUGGGACGCGACAGCGAGAUUUGCACAUUAUGUGAGGAUCUCUUCGAGGACCCAGAGCAUGCUUUGAAUCGAUGGGAUCAACGACGACUCACGAUCCUCUUUCAUAUGAUUCGCUGCUAUGUGCGCCAGGGCCAGACAACCCGUGCCCAGGGACAACUCUCCAAAAUCUGGCAGACUCUUUAUGAUCUUGUAGUUUCUACACAAACUCUGGAUGUUCAAAUUGCUCUUGUGGAAGUUACUAUUGAGCGUGCGCGACUGUUUACCCAUCAGCUGAACAAAUCGCAAAGAAAGGAGGCGGCUAGUUUCGUUUCUCGGAUAUGGGUCGCCUUGUCCGAGGCACAGUCUUCGUUCAAUGACCAAUUGCUGGUCAAGCUUCUCGAUCUCAGUGAAUACUUCGUGGAGAUUGCUGUGUUCGAUCCUAUUUUGCCAAUCCUCUUGCAUCUACAAUCUUCAUACCAUGACCGUGUCACCAGUUGUCCUGGUGAUGCAAUUCGGGUUGCCGUUGCCCUUGCAAAGUGUUACCGUCAUUAUCCCCAAUGCAAGGAUGAUGGUUGCUUUGAUCCAGAUUAUCUCCAAGAAAUUCUAUCUCUUCUACUUGGAUUGGAUGAGAUGAAUGAAAGUUAUAUGGAUCUACCCGAGGAGAUGGUACAUAUCUAUAUUUCCGAGAGUCGGUGGAUCGACGCUAUUCAGGUCUGCACUGCUGUUCUAGGUCAUCUUUGGCCAGAAAUUCUCAUACCCGUGAAUCCCUUCAAGCUCACUUUGACAUUGCCCGAGGCUCAUCAGCCCGCAGGAAUUCGGAUGGCUCUGCUGUUUGCCAAGGUGAAGUUACAGCAGAGUGCCGAUGAUAUCCAAACAUCUACUUUGUUGGAGUCCAUUUUCACUUUGUUCAAGAGGAAACUGCCUUUGGAUCAACCUUCGCUUUAUGACGCUGCUUCCUUGUGGUCAGACUCACUUUGCAAUCUUAGUCGUAUCUCCGAGGCAAUGCAAAUGUGGAAAGAGCUGCACGAAACUUGUUCCCGUCAGCUUGGUCCACUACACGAACAAUCUAUUCGCAUCACUCGGUGUUUGAUCAGUAUCUACCGGGACACUGGGGACAGAAUCCCAUUUGGCUCUCUCGAUGUGCUGCUCAGCAUUCUCCGGAGCUUUGGCCCGAGGCCGGAUUUGUGCCAACCAAUUGCCUUUGAAGUGAUCACUGUGCUUUUGUCACAGUAUGAGAGGCAGGGCAAGCUGGACGAGGUCUACAAGCUUUAUGACCAGCUUUGGCAGUCCAUUGUGCGCCACGACCAUUCUUAUCCAAAUCCGCUUAGCGAUGCUGAAAUCUUCGGCAUAUACGAGAAAUUCUCUCGCGCUCUACUACAAAGGAGUGACUGCGACCGUGCUAUCCGCGUCACCCACGAGCUUCAAAAGCUCUUACGCAGUAACUGGGAUGCCAGCGCUUUGCUAUGCAUUCGUGCCGAUUUCGAACUUGCACAGCUUCUAGAACGCGACGCGCACAAUUAUAAGCAGGUUGUGGCCUUGUACGAGGCAAUCUGUGACGUUGACCUCGCCAUGUUCCAGAACGAAGACCAGGACGAGAUCCUCCGCAUCAUCAAAAUCGCCACAGAGCAUCUGGUCAAAAUCUACACAACCCAUGCAGACCUAGCAACAAAGGCUGAAGCCAUGUUGAUCCAUGCUUGGAAGCAGGCUGCCGCAGUCCGCGGCAGUUCCGACUUCCAUACCCUGGAGUGCUUCCUGAGGCUCAUUCGCUUCUGUCGAUCCCAGAAUGAGAUGCUGGGAGGAAAUUCAAUCCCUCUGCACAUGCGCGAAUACGUGAUGGAUCUGUUAGUAGAGGAGCAUGACGAGAAACGUCUCUUUGAACGCGCAAGUACUAUCGCCGAUCUCUACCAAGAAACGCGAAUGGUGAGUUCUGGCAUCCGUUUCAUGAAAGAGGUGCGCAAUGAGUUCGUAAGUCUCAGCCCCAGCAAGCCUUCGCGCCUUGGUUUGGCCCGCUUGAUGCUUCUUGACCGUCGCUGUCUACUAUUCGUCGAUGCCGUCGAUAGCAUCCUCGCUGGAAACGACAAUGGGCCCACGCUAUUUGUGGAUCUUUUGCAAUCACUGAUGGCCGAGACUGCUCUUUAUGAGGCUUGGGACCGGGCUAAGCGUGGUCAUUAUCCUUUGAAGUCUAUUUUCACAACUUCGUCGCGAUUAUUCCUCUUCCUGCAGCGCCCGCGACGCGAUCCCGAGAGAACCGCGGUUUUUGAGGACCUGUGGUCGGCUUUUCAAACCAUCACUGGUCUUGAACUGCCCACCGGAGGUACGAUCUAUAUUCAACUCGAAGUUUGUAUCCGCGAAAUGGACCGUCGCCAGGCUUCACCUCUGCUGGUGGAGGCGCUUGUCCAAAUUUGCAUUGAACUAUAUAACAUCCAGUCUUUCUCCGGUGGCCUUGCUGUGUUGGAGUGGACUGCUGAAUAUUUCGCCAAUCCAACAUGGGCCAAGGCCUCCCAGGUGACACAGAUGGCAUUCCGUCUAGCGCGGUCUAUUAACAGUCUCCAAUUUGGAGAGUCAGACCGCAUAAUCGUUGAAAAAGCGAGACUUCUGGUUUCGGAGAUCUUGGCUAAACUUAUUAGUCAAGUUGAUACAGGAGAACUCGUUUUGAAUGAAGUCACGGUCCAGGAGGUCAACCUGAUCAUUCGUCUGCUCAGUCACGGUAACAACCGUCUCACUGCACUCAAUCAAAUCUUCAAGACUCUUUGGGACUUUCGCAGCCGUCUCACAUGGGGCGCCCAAUCCACCAUGUCAUUGGGCGAACGCUUGUGCGAAGUCAAGUUCGCUCUUGGAGAGCGUAAAGAGGCUCUGGACCUUCUUCAAGAUAUCUGCUACAACAUCCGCGAUGUCUACGGGCCGCUCCAUCCGCUCUCGGUGGAAUGCGACAAUCUACGUGCGCGCCUCCUUAACACAGACGGUCAACACGACCACGCGCUUUCUAUCCAUGCCAAUGUCCUGCAAGAGGCUCUUACCCAGCGUGAUUCCAGGCCAUCUGGCAUCAUUGGAGGCCAAGAUUACUUGGGUUUGAUUCUAGAAGAACAACCAGGCCUUUUAAACGCGACACUGGGACUGAAGGGGGGGCUGGUGCGACAAUGA